AUGGUGUUCAACACACUGGGUCUACCUCCAAGGCACCGGGCUGUAGAUCAUCCUCACCAUCUGCUGCUCCUCAUCCAGGAAUCUCUUAUAAGGGUUUUUUGGGGCACCUUUUAACUUAAAAAAGAAAGAAAAGAAAAUGGCACCAAAGAAAGACGCCAAGAAAGCAGCUGCACCUGCCGCUGCACCUGCCCCAGCACCAGCACCAGCACCAGAACCAGCAAAACCCAAAGAAGCAGCAAUUGAUCUCUCCAGCAUCAAGAUCGAGUUCUCCAAGGAACAACAGGAUGACUUUAAGGAGGCCUUCCUCCUUUUCGACAGGACUGGUGAAAGCAAGAUCACCCUAAGCCAGGUUGGAGAUGUCAUUCGUGCUUUGGGGCAGAACCCCACCAAUGCUGAGGUCAAGAAGAUCAUGGGCAACCCCAGCAAUGAGGAGAUGAAUGCCAAGAAAAUUGGGUUUGAAGAGUUCCUGCCCAUGAUGCAAGCAGCAGCCAAUAACAAGGACCAGGGCGGCUUUGAAGACUUCGUUGAAGGUCUGCGUGUCUUUGACAAAGAGGGCAAUGGGACCGUCAUGGGUGCUGAACUCCGUCACGUAUUGGCCACUCUGGGUGAGAAGAUGAAGGAAGAAGAAGUAGAGGAACUGAUGAAAGGGCAGGAAGACUCCAACGGCUGCAUCAACUACGAGGCAUUUGUGAAGCACAUCAUGUCUGUCUAAACAGAUUUCUCAAGACACGUAGUUUGAACAAGAUCAGCGGGCACUUGAGAUCUACAAAUCUAGGAAACUAUUGCUCCAUCCAGUAACACCAUCCUAGAGCCUUAAAGGAUUGUAAUAGAUGCCUUCCAAUCAUCCCCUUUUUUAAAGCCAUCAGCAUCAGACACCAAUUGAAUCUCAAAGUUUUUACACUUCACAGAAGAAGCACUUGCCAAGGCAAAUGAGGACUACAUUGCCACAGCUGUUAAGCCCAAUUAUCUUUUUUCCAUAUUGUCCACCAUGAAAACAGUGUAUGUUCUUGGCCGGGGGAAUACGAAUCUGAUAAUAAAUCUCUGUGGUCAGUGAAUGGCUGGAAAAUCUUUCUUUAAUCUGUUCAGAUCCCCAUUAAAACAAAUUUGAAGUCUUAAUUUAUUUUCUUUAUAUGUUGUAUUCCAUACAAUAAAGUUUUAUCAAAAAAAGA